GAGUCUAGAGUUUCGAUGCCCGGUAACAUUUUCGCAUUUUUCCAUUAACCUCGAUUUUAGUUUAAUCUUGUCCAUAAAUGUAAACCAACUAGCUAGCUUGCCCAUUCUGUGAAAAGCCCCAGACGCAACAAACACAGAAAGAAAAAGCUCAAAACACAGAAAACAGGGACUCUGUUUCUGAAACAGAGUAAUGGGAAUGGGGGAUACAUACGACUACAAUUACCAAAACAACCCCUGUUCAUCUUCAGCUCCUGCUUCUUCGGUCUCAGUUGCUCAGCCUCAUUCGUCCACGGACGAAAUCUCACUUUUUCUGCAACAGAUUUUGGUGCGUUCUUCGUCUUUGAGCGGACAGCCGUUCUUGUUUUCGUCUUCGCCGGCUGGUUAUGCUCUGCCGGAAAAUCUCGGCCGUCCUUGCAACGAUAGUUUCGUAGGGAGCGGGAUCAGGGGCGUUGAUGUCUCUACGGCGGUUGGGACGGGGAGUGGUCCGAAUGUGUCUUCGUCGUCGGUCGGAGCGAGUGAGAAUGAGGCCGACGAGUAUGAUUGUGAAAGUGAGGAGGGCCUUGAAGCGUUGGUAGAAGAGGCGGCAAUGAAAUCACGUGGUCGUUGUUCUUCAAAGAGAAGCAGAGCUGCAGAAGUUCAUAAUUUGUCUGAAAAGAGGAGGAGGAGUAGGAUUAAUGAGAAAAUGAAGGCAUUGCAGAAUCUCAUCCCAAAUUCUAAUAAGACGGACAAGGCUUCAAUGCUUGAUGAAGCCAUUGAGUACCUCAAGCAGCUCCAGCUUCAAGUACAGAUGUUAUCAAUGAGAAAUGGCAUGAGCUUGCAUCCCAUGUGCCUACCUGGAGCAUCACAACUCUCUCAGAUAAGAAUGGACUUUGGUGAGGAAAAUAGGCCUUUGCACUUGAACAUGUCAGGCACACUGAAUAUGAACCAGGAACCCUCGACACAAAAUUUGUACAAUCCAAACCAGUCUUAUGUACCAGAUAUGUCCAACGUAGUAAAUUCAGAAGAAGCAUUUGGGUUGGAAUCAUCUAUUCAGGCUCACUUGGGACCCUUUCAGCUCCCAAACUCAUCUAAGGGAAUCUGCAGGGAUGAACUGUUCCAGCAUCAACUAAAUAGUGUAAAUCACUCGGAGACUAAUCCCUUAGAAUUUGAAUUGGGAGCCACGGCUACAGUUUCACUUCCCUUUACUGCUCAAGUAUCUGAUCUGAAGGACUAUAGUUCCCUGGAAACAUGCAUCAUAGGAAGAGACCAGAGAGAAAGCAGGCCCUCAAAGUCGAUAGGGCAACAUCUUCAUCUUGACAGGCAGAAGGGUCCUAAAUGAUAAGAUGAGGACUGCAAGAAAGACCCUAUGAUUCAUUGUAAGCUUGGCUACAACAUUUUGGAUUUGGUGCCAGCCACUACUUGGUGACAGCUUUUGUAAUUCUUGAAAUUGUUCAAAGCCUUGAUUCCGUGCCUGAAUUGUGAGCUUCCCUCGAAGUUGACCUGCACUUGGCAAGGCUUGUUACUUGGUAGAAACAGUAGAAACUGGGGAUGAGAUUUGUAAAACUCUAUCUUUCCCUUUUAAUCUGGUUCUCCUACUGAGCAGUUGUAUUCACUGUAUGACAGUGUUGUCUAUAAUUAUCAAAGUGAUAUCUUUGUAGCACCCA